AUGGAUGCAUCUACCUCGUCAACUCCAGCUAAAUCAUCAAAAAAACGCGGCCGACCGCGUAAAAUAUCACAGUCACCUUCACCCCCAGCCGAGCCGUUGUCGCCAAAAGCGCAACAACGCACGCCAGAUUCUUCCUCGUCGAACCCUGAUACCUCUCGGCUUGACCUUGAAGAAAGUGGCCAAACGUUGUUUGAGGCUAUACGUGACCCGAAUAGUGCAUUAGAAACUAUAACUUCUGACUGGGUUGAAACAUAUGAAACGAAUAAACAGACGGCGUUGCUUGUACUCGUGAAUUUCAUAAUAAAGUCGGCUGGUUGUCCAGAGUCGAUAAACGCUGACUCUUUUGAAGACGAGGAUCACAUUGUUGAUAAUCUGAAAGCAUUGCAAGAUGCAUAUGAGAAGGAAUCAAUAUCCGAUUAUCCUCUCGUAUCAAAAUCAAAAGACUUUAAAAAGUUUCGAAAAAACUUGCUGGAAUUCUUUCAUCGUUUAAUAAAACAAAUCAAACACUCGAUACUAUAUGAUGAGGUAUUCUUUGAAACUGUUGCAUCUUGGGUGAUUGCUAUGUCGAGUUCGGUAUUCCGCCCAUUCCGCCACACAGCAACUACAAUAACACACGCAAUCGUAAGUUCGCUGUGUGAUGCCGCUCAAGAAGCACUCACCGAGUUGAACAUUGCACAUCGACAAUUGAAUGCCGAACAGAAGAAAAGUAGAGGCACGCGAAAUGCAAGGUAUAGUAGUUUGGAAGCAAAGACUACGGAGCUUAAUGAUAAAAAGGAACAUUUGCAUUCUUAUCUUAACGAAUUUUUUGAUUGUGUGUUUGUUCAUCGAUAUCGUGAUGUCGAGGCGUUGAUUAGAGCAGAAUGUAUAAAGGAGCUAGGUCUGUGGAUUUCAAAGUACCCUGAGCUCUUUUUAGAUGACACAUAUCUACGAUACAUAGGAUGGCAAUUAUCCGACAAAUCACCAUUAGUACGCAUCGAAUCGGUAAAAUCACUCUCCCGCCUCUACGCCAAAGAAACAUUCAAAACUUCUCUUCGUCACUUCACCGAACGCUUCAAAAGCCGAAUCCUCGAAAUGGGAUUAAUGGAAUCUGACAUUACCGUGCGCAUCUCGAGCAUUAAUCUCCUGGCACAGAUUUCGCAAGCUGAACUAUUAGAGGAUUCGGAUGGGUACGAGGAUCAGAUUUCGUUGUUGAUCUAUAGCGAUAAUCCGAAAGUGAGAAAAGCUGUGACACCUUUUGUGCGAGAUAUUUUGAAUAUAGAAUAUAUUCAAAAGAAGGUGGAGGAAGUGGAGACGGCGGCGUUAAAUGGAAUAAAUGGCAGUUCUGGUAUUACAAAUAUCAGAAAAGAUUGGAUUACGUUUAAGUGUUUGGCUGAGUUUCUGGUAAAGUCCAGCAAAGCCAUUAAAAGAGCCACAAACUCUACCGAAAACAACAACGACGACGAAACGAUGUUGAUCAUGGACAUCGAAGAGUCUGAAGAGAGUGAUGAAGAUAUCGAGAUAGCACAAAAAAUCGGCGGCGGAAAAAAGAGUCGUGUCAUUUUAGCAAUUCAAGAUCUGUUUAACGAGUUACAAGCACUCAAAGACUGGAAAACUCUCGCCGAUUAUCUCACAAAAGACCACUCAUUGACCAGUAAUAAUCUUACGUCUUCGGGGAGCACAGUUGCACCAUCCUCCUCUUCCACAACCACUAGUGAUCCGGCAAAUAUUGUCGAGGACUGUUAUAGAUUGAAUGAACAGGAAGAGACUGUGCUUGUUGAGGUUCUUAUUGCUUCGAUAAAUUUGAGUCUUGAAGAGCCUUUGAAAGCAAAAGAUAAGAAAGACGUUGAGGUACGCCAAGACGAAAUAAGUGCUGAAAUUGCAAGAACGAUGGUAAAAGUUUUGCCGCGACUAUUAACAAAAUACGCACCUGAUGCUGGCCGGAUAGCCGAAGUAUUGCAAAUACCACCGUUGAUGAAAUUGGAUGUGUAUCAAGAUCUUCGUAUGUCCAAGGCAUAUGAAACCCUAGUAGAUGAUGUGAAAGAGCUGUUUCUCAAACACACUCAACCGUCGGUUCUUGCAAAUGCUGCUGAAACUUUUCGUCAUAUGGCAAAUACUAAGAUUCUGGCGUCAAUAACAGAAACAAAGCUCGGUGAAUUGCAGGAAGAAGUUGUACAGGCUUUUAAACAAGAGUAUGACGCUAAGGAAUUAUCGUUCCGCCCUCUUAGCAGCGACCAAGUCCACUCAAUAAACGCCAGUUUAAAUCGUAUGGAACAACUAAUAUCCUUUAUUAAUAUUGUUCCGGCAGUAGAAGAAAAAGACGAGAAUGGCACCGACGUGUUUGAUUGUAUUUCGGCAGUUGCGCAGCGUGGCAUGCUUCCAAAUAAAAAAAGUGAUGAGAAGAUUAUUAUUUCCGCAAUAAACUUUAUUUGGUUUUAUAUAAUGUGGAAAGUUAACACUCUAACACUGAAUGAAGACGAAAUUCAGGAUGCGCAAGCACAAGUCGUGGAUGAUUUCUUGACGCGUCGAGAUAAAGUUGUGAAUAUAUUGGAAGGAUUAGUAACUUCUGGAGAUGCUGUGAAUAGUGCUCGAAAAAUGGCGUAUAAAACAUUAGGAAACAUAUAUUGGCUAUUCGCGUGUGAUUUCUUCUAUCUACCAAAUUGCCCCAACAUUGCGAAACUGAGACUUUCGUGCCCGAAUUCGACGCAAGAGACACUUGUGGCAUUCGUCGAAAACGAAAUCAUAAAACAUAAACAAGAAAUCGUUGAGUCGAUUAAACAAGUGCGGAGUAAACUUCAUAAUGAGCGUGAUGAAAACGACAAUGAGGAGGAAAAUAAUAAUAAUGAGGAAGAUGAGGAAAACUCAAAGAGGUUGAAAAAUACAGAUAAUUACCUCACCGCAUAUCAGAAACACGAAUUUCUCGACAUCAUCGGUGCACUAUUACGUGGUGCACGUGGCGGAAUCUUUGAUAUUAAAUUUUCGGCGACUGUUAUUGCGCAGUAUGGGAAAUUCGGUAGCGACGUGGAUGACCUUAUUAAAAAGGUGAUUCAAGAGUUUAAAGAUUGGAAAUACGAAACAGAACCACAAGCUUUUUAUGAAAUAUGCUCGGAUUCUUUGCUAAAGAUAUUCGAAAUGUACGAACAUAUAGUUGACCAAGAACCCAACGACACCAGCGAAUCAUUACAAACCACAAUAAUGGAAUCCGCAUCGGCGCUCGCACGCAUCUUUGCAAAUACUCUACACCUACGUGAAACCUCGACCGUGCAAUCGCGAAAAGAUUCCGACCACAUUGUCGAGAUGCACAUGCGUUUAUUCGAACAUGCGAUCGAGAAUAUGGCCGGCUUUGAGCACGGGAUGAAAAAUCUAAAGAUGUUGAAGUAUUGGAUAAAAUUCUUUAAACCGUUGACGGCGUUGUUGGGUGGUGUUAGUAUUAAUGAUGCGUUGACUAUUGAUGCAAAACUUAAAACUAGCUUAGAAGCAAACUUAGUCAAAGUACCUGCUGAACACGAUAAAGAUUGGGAGGCGUACUAUGGAUAUGUGCAGAAAAUUCACAAGAUACUGGUCAAGUUUGGUGUCAGGAGUCCUGUUAUCAAUGAGGAGUCUAGCAAGAGGUCUGCAACAGCAGCUGGUAUUAGCAGUGGCGCGCGACGAAAACGUAAGCCAGCAACGACAAAGAAAAAUAAUAAAACAAAAAACAACGAUGAGAAUGCAAACAUUAGAGAAAAAACCCCUAAGAACAGCAAAAAACGUACAUCGUCAUCUGUAGACGUAGACGAAGAUGAGUUUGUAGGAGCAUUAACUAGCAACGGUGGCGCAGCUCAUCCUCCACAGCGUAAAAAACUAAGAAAACAAUCUUCGCCACCUACGACUACUAAAAAGACAGCGACGACGAGAAAUAAGCAUAAAAGUCCUGAAAUUAGUCUGUCAAAUGUGUAUAUUACGCGAAGUGGUCGACGAUCUAAGAAAGUUCAUCGUCGAUAA